AUGAACCUCGUGUCGGGCCACUUGGUGCUUCUCGCGCUCGCAGCCUACGUGGUCGUCGCCAUCGCUCGCUACGUGUACCAUAAGCGCACGAUGGCCGCUGCGCUCGCCACGCUGCCCGGUCCGCCCAGCACGUGGCUUCUUGGCAACUCGGGCCAGAUCGCGGGCCACGUGACCGAGCUCUACGACUGGAAGCUGCGGCAAACCAUCGCAUACGGCGCCACGUACUGCUUGCGCGUCGACGUGCUCACGAACGGAUCGAUCUUUACGUCGUCGGCCGCGAACCUCGAGCACAUUUUAAGCAAGCGGCACGCAAACUACAUCAAACCACCGGUGAUGGAGACCGUCUUGCGCGAGCUGCUCGGCAGCAGCAUCUUCAACAUCAACGUGUCGCAUCCGAGCUGGCGCUUCCAGCGCAAGCUCAUCGCGUCGCUCUUCUCGGUCAACGCGCUCAAGGCGUGGACAACGACCACGUACACGAAGCACCUCGCCUCGCUCGUGCAAGCGCUCGAUACCGAGAGCAGCAGCAUCGAUCUAUCGCCGCUCGUGCUCUCCUGGACGACGCACUGCAUCUACGAGAUGGCGUUUGGCGCGACGCUUGAUGCGGACGACAUGCAAGCGAUGCACGACCUCGUCCACGAAGCCGGCGAGCUCAUCUUUUAUCGCUUCACGCACCCGUGGUACGUCCUAUUUCAGUGGUGCAUGCCCAGCGAGUUCCGUCUCCACGCCGUCAUGACGCGUAUCAACGCUCUCUGCAACCAAACGAUCACCAACGCGCGGGCGACGGCGACGCACGAGUCAACCAACGUGCUCGCCGAGCUCUUGCGGCGCCAGGCGACCGACGCAAGCAUCACCGACGUCCUCAUUCGCGACAUGAUGAUGGGCAUGUUCCUCGCGGGCCGCGAAUCCGUCGGCAGCAGCAUCCUCUGGGCCCUCUACUGCGUCGCAACCCACCCGCACGUCGAAGCCAUCCUCGUCGACGAGCUCGGGACGGCCGAAAUAUCGUUCGAGUCGAUCGCAUCCAGCGUGUACUUGGACGCUGUCGUGCGCGAGACGCUGCGGCUCUUCCCGCCCGUGCCCAUCGAACUCAAGUGCGCGGUCGCCGACGACGUGCUGCCGGACGGGACGUACGUGCCGCAAGGCGCCAUGCUCGAGUACUCGGCCUACGUCAUGGGCCGCGAUCCACGCCGGUGGGCGGACGCCGACCAGUUUCAACCCGAUCGCUGGCUCAGCAUGGCCACGCGCCCGACCGCGUACGAGCUCCCGACCUUCAACGCGGGCGUGCGCUCGUGCGUCGGCCAGCAAGCCGCGUUGCUGCAGACCAAGCUCGUCGUCGCAACCCUCGUGCAGCGCUUCCACCUCGACGUGCUCUCGCCCAAGCGUCAAGACGGCUCUCUCUAUGCACUGGGCCUCGCGCUGCUUCCGCGUGGCGGCCUCCACGUGCGUGCCCGAGCUCGUUGCUCGCUUGGCCUUGCAUAG